CCGUGUGGGCGGGACUUGAUGGACGUUUCCUCAUGUAUCAUCAUCAUCCCAUGGACUGACUUGUUUGUUGUCGAGCAAGAUGGAGUUCCUUUUGGGAAAUCCUUUCAGUACCCCUGUCGGGCAUUGUAUCGAAAGAGCGACUGAUGGCUCCUUGCAAAGUGAAGACUGGACCCUCAACAUGGAAAUAUGUGACAUCAUCAAUGAAACAGAGGAUGGGCCUAAGGAUGCCAUUAGAGCUGUGAAGAAGAGGCUGAAUGGCAACAGAAACUACAGAGAGGUUAUGUUGGCUUUAACGGUUUUGGAGACUUGUGUGAAAAACUGCGGCCAUCGUUUUCAUGCGUUGGUCACCAGCAGGGACUUUGUGGAUGGCGUGCUCGUAAAAAUAAUCUCACCUAAAAACAACCCACCUACAAUCGUCCAAGAUAAAGUCCUCGCCCUGAUUCAGGCAUGGGCUGAUGCAUUCAGGAGCAGUCCUGACCUCACAGGCGUAGUCCAAAUCUAUGAGGAGCUGAAGAGGAAAGGCAUUGAGUUCCCCAUGUCGGAACUGGAAACCCUGUCACCUAUACACACCCCUCAGAGGGUAGGAGGCAUCAACCCAAGCAGCUUAAACGUGGCGGCAACAGCUCCAGAGGGCGACUCCGCCCUUCAUAAAUACAGCACUACUACUCAGCCCACUCCACAAGCUCUCCCACCAGCCUACACCACCCCUCAGGUUCCAAACAUCCAUGCAUCUGGAUCCAUCAAUCCUACUCCUGAACAGAUUUGCCGGCUGCGCAGUGAGCUGGACAUUGUUCGUGGAAAUACUAAGGUGAUGUCAGAGAUGUUGACUGAGAUGGUCCCCGGACAGGAGGAUGCCUCAGACUAUGAGCUACUACAGGAACUGAACAGGACUUGCAGAGCGAUGCAGCAGAGGAUAGUGGAGCUCAUCUCCUGCGUUUCCAACGAGGCGGUGACCGAGGAGCUGCUGCACGUCAACGAUGACCUCAAUAACAUUUUCCUACGCUACGAUCGGUAUGAGAGAUUCAGGUCGGGGAGGUCUUCAGCGCAGAGUGUCAACAAUGGGGUCCUGAGUGAGGCCACAGAGGACAACCUCAUAGACCUCGGCCCGGGCUCCCCCGCAGUGGUCAGCAACAUGCAGAACGCGGCCCCAUCCAGCCUGCCGCCCGCCAUCACAGCCCCAGCAGGGAGGCCCUCCUCCCCGGCUACACUGGCCUCCCGCCUGGCUGGUCUUGACGUGGGCGCAGACAGUGUGAGCAGCACCUUGAGCUCUUUGCCCAGCUGUAAGCCUCCUCCUGCUCAGGACGACUUUGAUGUGUUCGCUCAAACCAGGACUGGAUCUCUGCCUGAACCAAGCAAGACAUCUACAACAGAAGACAGCAACGCCACUAGCAGCCUCCCCCCAACUCUGACUGUCCAGCAGCCCACUGCAGGAGCGCGUGUUGGAAGCCAGUCCUCUGUUAUGGAUGACAUAGAGGAGUGGCUGUGUACUGAUGUGAAAGGAGAUGAAGGUGAGGAGGGCGUGACAAGUGAAGAGUUCGACAAGUUCCUGGAGGAGAGAGCCAAAGCUGCAGAGAUGGCCCCCAGCCUACCGUCGCCCCCCAGUGGAGAACCGGGUGCAGUCCAAGGAACCCCCAGCCGCAAGAAGCCCGACAGGCCGGAGGACGCUUUGCUCGCCAUGUAGACCCUCUAAUCAUAUUACAACCCUGAGCUGCAUCACCUCAGGAGAGACUUGAGCUGACACUGAAACACACCCUCUACUUUCUGAUUCAUCAUGACACUAUUCAGUUACACUACAAAGAUUUGUACUGUCCAUGCUCUCCGUUAAAAAAAAAAGGAAUUAUUUAUGUUGUUGUUAAUUUCACUUAAGAAAGGGAAAACCAAACAAAUGGAUCUCCCCCAAAAUGAUGUCGAGUGUCAGAGACUGUGAGGCGGCCUGCUUUCUUCCUCCUCUUCUCGUGUGAAGAAUCUCCCUCCGCCUGUUUGGACUGCAUAGCUUCAUGUUGCAGCUAAUCUUUAAAAAAUAGUUUUAUAAAAAGAAGCGUCCUGCUGUCCUUGUCAUAUGUAGGAAAUCCGUUUCUUACCUAAGCCCUUAAAGCAUGCAUCAACACCUCCAACUCUCCAAAACCUUUUCAUCAUUGCAGACACAAAUAUUAUGUUACUGUAGGCAGGAGCGUACCUACGAGGAUAUUGUUUUGGUGUUUGUAUCAGUCCCUUUGCAAGUCAGUCUGAGUUGAAUUGUAAAUCUGUAAAUGACAAAUGUCGAGUUUAUUAGUCGUGUGUAUAUUUAAGCUACAUAUGUAUGAAAGAGAUGUUGAUUUAAUGUAGAUUUUUGAGGAGAAAAAAAAGGGUUUAUCAUUCAGCUGCUCUGACGAAAGGGAUGUACCUCAGUGGAGUCACAAGAAAAGGGAAAAGUGUGAUCACAUACAAAUUGAAAGAGAAGAAGAAUGUAGUUUUUGUGAUUGGCAUAAUUGCGCACUGCACCAACAAAUGUGUUGUAGAUUUUUCUGAAUUAACGACAGAAUUUUGAUGAGAUUACGUUGCUGAGAUUUUUUUAGCCUGAAGCUGCUGUCUGACUUUAUUUGAAGGUAGUUUGGUUAUUCCAUCUACUGAAAAUACUCAUUUCUAACUGUAGGUUUUAUCUUUUUUUUUUGCGUUGAUUGCGCUACAUGAUCUGUUCUGCACUCACAGGACCAAAUUUGUGCUUUUAUCGUGAUACAAACGAAGAAAUUCUGGAUGAUUUGGUUUCUCACACACAAACGUCUGUCCUGGAGAUGUAACAACGGCUCAAUGUCACAAUACAGAAGCUGUUUGCACGUUAUUAUUUAGCAUUUCUCCGUUUGAUUCCUCUCAUGUUGACCUUUCAACAUGACAUUUGUUUUGCAGAAAUGAGCUGGCUGCAGACGCAGCACUACAAAUGAGCUGCACUGCUCUCUUGACAACAUUUAAUGCAACAUACACAAUCACAACAAGCUGAAACAACGAGCACGCACUCUGACUGCUGCGUUACCUUUGGACUUGUACUAUAAAUCACUUAACACUUAACCAAAUGUAAUUAAUGAGGGAAAUAUUGAAGCAGAAGUGUAGAAAUAAUUUAUUGGCACUCUAUUUUUGCUCUUCAGAUCAGUAUUUUAAAUCAUUUUAUUGUAUAAAAAAGAAAACAGGAAAUGAGCUUUAUUAAGGGACAGAAUGAGAAAUUGCUGUAAUGCUGUUUGUUUGUGGAGUUUCAUUUUUAUACAUUGCUGCUGGCUAAUGUAUCUUAUCUGUCAUGGUUAUGUUUGUUGGAUAUUCUUGUCGGUUAAACGUGUCCAGGCUUUAUUUGCUGUAAGAGAACUCUGUUAAUCCCAUGAAGAAUACUUAUUUUUGAUCAUCAUCAUGUAUAAUUUCAUGGACUGGAAGCACAUGACAAAAACAGACACAUAUAACUUCCUUUUUACACUUUUGACAAGCAUCAACAUUGCACAUUUUGAAAGGGAAACCUUCUUUCUUCUGUUCUCUUAUUUUGGUGUCGAACAUUUGUUUGUGUGUGUGUGUGUGUGUGUGUGUGUGUGUGUGUGUGUGCAUGUGUGUGUGCAUGUGUGUGUGAGCUGUUCUGUUCUGUAAAGUUUGUCUCAGUUCAUUGAAAAAAAAAGAGCCUCCAAGUGUGUUUUUAAAGACUACAUGUUGUCACUCUCCUGUUUGAUCAUACUGGUUUAUAUCAGUGACAUGAAGUCUCAGAAGCUCCACCAGUCGUCUCAGACUUUAUUUUUGUUUUUGCAGAAGAGCAAGUGUUUCUUUGUGCAUCUCUGGAUGAUAUGAAAAGAUGCUGAUAAAGGAGGCUGUGCUGUGCGACUGCUACUUUUCCUGAGUUGCCUCAUCUCUCAUUUUCUCUUUUUGUUGUUUGACUUAUGCAUGAACUCUAAUAAAACACUAGCAGUGUGUCCGCAA